AGCGUUGAUCCUAGAUUAUAAAGUCGGUAUCAUUGUUUGUUUGGUGAGUAUUUCUUCAAGAUAUAUCAGCAUGAUGAAGUUGAUUUGUUUAGUGUUGUUGUCGUGGCUAGCAGGUACCUCAUCAAAAGUGGUCGGGAGACGACAGGUGCCGGAACCAUCUUUUACUAACCCUGAAGAGCAAAUCAGAGAAGAGAUUGAGAAAUGCGUACAGGAUAUGGGCGAAAAGUUUUAUCCACGGAUAGCGGAAUUGUUGAGGAGUGAUGAGGAUGACACUGAGUGUCCCAACUCGUGCUAUGUGCCUGAAACCUUGAGUGAUGACCUCAUUGAUGGGUUUAAAGACUCACUUAUGGGGGCGUUGUCAAAUAGGGACCUACCUGAAACAUGUCCGGAUUCAUGUUAUACUCAUUUAGAAUCAUUUGAAUCAACAAGACAACAUCCAUCUGAUAAUGAUGAUAGUGAAGAACCUUUUGAUAGAUCUGAAGAUAUAUCACCUGAAGAUAGAUCAGAUGAUGAUGAUCCUGAUGAUGGUGAUGCCAGGGAUGGUGAUAGUGAUGAAGGUUUGUUUGAUUUUGAUGAGGAAGAUCCCAAUGAAAAGUUUGAUGUUUCAAAUUAUCCUGAGUUGUCUGGUGAUGCUGAUUCUAAAGAUGAUGAUGAAGACCCAUUUACAUCAGAACCAAAUGAAUUUGAAUUUACAAGCGCACCUGAUGCAAAGUCUGAUGAAGAUGAUAAUGGGAAUGAAAAUUCGGUUGAAUUGAUGUCGCGUCUUAUGGAUGAAUUCCUCCAAGAUAGAACACCUGAAGAACAAAAACAACUGCAGGAGCAUGUGUGCAACGAUGACAAUGAGUAAUUUUCCGCCGAUUUGUCAUAAAUUUAAAUACAUUUCUUUCUGGUAAUAAGCUUUUUGUUGUUGUUUGUUUUAUGCCUGGAAUUAAUUAAAAAAACAAUAAACAAUGUAUUCGAA